UUAGUAUGGGGUUGGACAAGAAAUAUAUAAUUCCUUUGGUUUCUACACUUUGUGUGAUUGCUAUAGUUUUACCAAUAGUGUUAGUUGUACCUCAACAAGCAAGCGACCAAGGUGUGGAAGAUGCCUUUGUGGAUAAGAUUGAAGCAAGCGUAAACCAAGGGGUUCUGGUGGGCCAACUUACCCCUGAGGCCGGAAUGUUUCUCGGGAUCCCAUUCAGUCAACCCCCGGUCGCUGAUUGGCGGUGGCGGAACCCACGUGACCCCGUAAACUUCCCCGGCGGCCAAUGGGACGCGACCUACACCAGGCCUGCCUGCCCUCAAAUAUGCGACCAACCAGCGUCGGAAUAUUCUUGUCCGCAUGAGACGAACGAGGAUUGUCUUUACUUGAACGUGUGGGUGCCUCGAAGAUUAGCGACCAAGGUUUCGGGCAACUCCGUAAUCGAGGAUAAUCAUUACAUGUUGGACACCCAAAGUGGACAAUCGCUCGCAGUCAUGGUUUGGUUUUAUGGUGGAAACUUCUUGAACGGCGCUGGGUCGUGCGUUCUAUACGAUGGACGAUUUAUGUCGAACCUCGGCGACGUCAUCAUAGUAACUACAAAUUACAGGUGAUGCAUUUAUAUCCAUGCCAC